AUGGCUUUCUCCGCUUCAACUGUUCUACCGCGACUGGGCACUCUGGCGCAGCAGAGCACGACACAUGUGGUACUUGAUGAUGGCGAUGCAAGUGUGGAACUGCUGUCGAAGGAUCCACCGUACACCGUUCUAGCUAACGCCAGCCACGUUAUAUCGGGAAUUGUUGGAAACGUCUGGUCCCAGCUGGCCGACGCACUGAACUUUACUUACACUGUACAGCGUGCCCCGGACGGCCAGUUUGGAAUGCUGCUUCACACCGGUAACUGGACGGGAUUAAUGAAAACUCUGGUGGAAGGCCAGGCCGAUGUGGCGGUCUCAGCAGUGGGUGUUUCCAACCAGAGAAAGGAGUAUGUGGACUUCACACACCCGAUCGUACACCACUGGAAACAUGUGUUCAUGAACAAGCCCACCGGUGGCGACCCGAUCUCCGGCGCCUUCCUGUUCGUUUUUCACUGGACUUUGCUGCUAGCGUUAGCACUCUGCACAGUGGUUGGAUGGUGGGCAAUGGCGGCCUUAUACUGGGCUGAACGGCAAUACGGACUGGCUGCUACUAAGGAGGGAAAUUAUGGACUCUGGGACUGUCUGGUGAUCGCAAUGUGCGCCGUUUUUCAGCAGGGUCCCGAGUACAAUCCAGACGGCCUGGGCUCUCGUUUUCUUCUCUGGACGCUGUUCGUUGCCAUGUUCAUGAUCAAUGCAUCUUACUCGGCCGUCCUCACCUCGUAUCUGGCCAUUAAAAAUGAGGACGUGCCCAUUAAAAACUUUGAUGAGUUCCUGCAAGAUGGCAGCUACACGCUCGCGCUCAGGAAUAACACGAUCUAUGUGGAGGAUUUCAAGACUGCUAAUAAGAGAACCCUUCAGCGGAUUUUCGAGAAGCACGUGGAAGUGAUGUCAGAUGAUGACGUCAUACAGCAAAGAAUGAAAACAGACGAUAAGCUGGCCUUCUUCAAAUUUUACACGGGAGCUGAAGACUGUAGCCUGUUCAGUUUUCGAGCUGAACAGUUUUCACCCGUGCUCGCAAUGGCACUGCAAAAUAACUCACCCUACAGGAUAUUCUUCAACUAUCAUCUGAGCAGACUGGACGAGGGAGGAAUCCUGGACCGGUUAGAUCGUCAGUGGACCUACGUGCCAGUGGGCGACCAGUGUCAAGACUCCAACGAGGUGGUUGCCGGCCUACCCACCGUUUUCACCGCCUUCACGGCUCUCGGUGUAGGCGUGGCCAUCAGUGUAGCCAUCCUGGCUGCCGAAAUAAUCUGGUUCCGUCGAAAAAGGGACCGCGCUCGCGCCCGAGAGCUGCUGCUCCGCUGGGGCGGCGGCGCCCUGGUGCACCCUGAGGGCGCCGCGGGCGCCGGGGCCGUCAUGGGCGCCCGCAGACAUCGUUCUGAGGGCGCCGCAGUGCCGUGGAAACCGGUACAGGCGGUGGCCAGGUUCAAGGGGAAAGAGACGACGGCUAAGACAGGCCUGUUCCUGCAGCGUGUCCAGAAGCUCCAGGAACAGAGCCAGUGGCCGACAAAGGGGACCCCGAUGCCAUCCAAGCGUCAAGCGUCUGGUGGAAGGCGGUCUCUCUCUACAGAUUAUGGGAAUAUCAGUCCAACGGAGAACAGCAGACUGUUAGAGGGGGAUGGGGAGGGGCCCGAUACACCUUAGAAGGGUGUAUUUCGUCUAUCGAUACACCGGUUACAUCCUAGUUUGGUGUAACGGUCUAUGCAUACACCUUUUGGGUGUAUACCGUCUAUAGUUAAUACACCGUAGAUAUACACCUUAGUUGGCUAUAUACGGUCUUUACAUGCAUCUUAGGGUUAAACCUAAGCCCGAAUACACCUUAGAGUGUAUCAGGACGUCGGCCUUAUCAUAAACGCUGGCAAGUUUCAAAACACUGUCGUUAUGCAUGUAGACAUAACGACAGCAUAUAGACAAAGUGCUGGAUAUGCUCGUGAUGAGUGAUGUGAUAAUUAGCUGCAUUGUGAUACCAGGCCUUUAUAUAUCGGUAGCUACGAACGGCAUGUUGUUACAUUUAUUGUGUCAAUGUUUUGUGCUGAAAAUGUCAUCUAUUUAGGCCUUUAUUUGCCUCGGUAAUUGCAUAUGAGAAAUGAGCGUAUUAGAUCGCUGUCAUUAUUUUGUCUUGGUCAGAUUUUGUCAUAUAUGCUGACAGUAUCGGUUGCACUGAAAUUUGAUUCCCUCACUCAAUAUACAGUCGUAAGAAGUGACUGUUGGAUAGGUAGUCCAGCCUUUUAUGUAUAGCUAAUAGCCAUGACUUCAAGAAUAUACAUAUGGCACACAGUUGAAACCAUUUCUGUUUCAGUCAUUGAUCAGAAACACCCAUUUUAAAACAACUUAUUCCAACGUUUCUUGUUGUGCUUGCAUGUGCACAAGUGUGUGCAUUUUAUGCAGAUACUGUCCUUGACUACAGAUGUUUCGAUAUAUGUACGACUUACGUCUCGCUUUAUAAUUGUGGCCGUGCUUGAGCUAAAGAAACUGGUCACAGCAAAUGUGUGUAAACGCUGGCCUUGUGUGAACUGUGAAAGCUAUCUCUAGUGUGUUGUAGCCGUUUCGAUUUACCUGUUAUCGUGAU